CAGAUCAGAAGACCCAUUUCUGAUCUGCACCAGAGCAUGAGGUCGUUUGAUGGUGUUUUUUCAAAUCUUCCUAGAAUCUUAUGGAAGCCAUUCGGAUUCUCAAGAAGACUUCUGCAAGUAGUACGGUGUCACCCCAGUGAAUCAAUAUCUUUGUCUGCACUGACAAGGAGGACAUUCGUACUGAGGCUUAGGAAAGCACCUAGCAUUUUUUGGUUGGGUCAAAGACAAGGAUUCUCAGCCAUGCCAGAAAUAGAAGCACGCGUGAGAGACACUGAACUGUUUUCCCCACCCCCUGAGGUGCGAGGAAUGACAGAACUUGAUAGAACAGCUUUUAAAAAGACAGUGUCUGUCCCAGUGCUCAAAGUGAGAAAAGAAGUAGUCAACAGGUUGAUGCGUGCCCUCAAGAGGGUGGCUCUGCAGCGCCCGGGCAUAAAGCGUGUCAUUGAAGACCCUGACGAUGGAGAUACUAGACUAAUCAUGUUGGAUCCCUUCAAAAUGCUGACCGUUGAUUCCUUUGAGAAAGCAGAACUCGGUGUUUUAGAAGAACUUGCUGUCAACCCACAACUGUCAGAAUACAAUUUGGAGCUAACUUAUGAGAAUUUUAAAUCAGAGGAAAUUCUGAGAGCUGUGCUUCCCGAGGGUCAAGACGUGACCUCGGGGUUCAGCAGGGUUGGACACAUUGCACACCUGAAUCUCCGAGAUCAUCAGCUUCCGUUCAAGCAUUUGAUUGGUCAAGUUAUGAUUGACAAAAACCCAGGAAUCACCUCUGCAGUAAAUAAAACCAGCAAUAUUGACAAUACAUACCGAAAUUUCCAAAUGGAGGUGCUGUCUGGAGAGGAGAAUAUGCUGACCAAGGUUCGAGAAAACAACUACACGUACGAGUUUGAUUUCUCCAAAGUCUAUUGGAACCCUCGUCUUUCCACAGAACACGGCCGGAUCACUGAACUUCUCAAUCCUGGAGAUGUCUUGUUUGAUGUUUUUGCUGGGGUUGGGCCUUUUGCCAUUCCAGCAGCAAGGAAAAACUGCACCGUAUUUGCCAAUGAUCUCAAUCCUGAGUCUCACAAAUGGCUGUUGCACAACUGUAAACUAAAUAAAGUUGACCAAAAAGUGAAAGUCUUUAACAUGGAUGGAAAAGACUUCCUCAUGGGACCAGUCAGAGAAGAAUUGAUGCUUCGGCUCGGACCGUCAGCCGAAGCAAAACCCUCUAUCCACAUUGUCAUGAACUUGCCUGCAAAGGCCGUAGAGUUUCUCAGUGUUUUCAAGUCCCUUUUAGAUGGGCAGCCGUGCUGCAAUGAGCGCCUCCCCACAGUGCACUGUUACUGUUUCUCCAAAGAUGCCAAUCCUGCUAAGGAUGCUUGUCAGCAAGCUGGAGCUGCGUUAGGCAUUUCCUUGGAGGCGAGUAGUUCAGUUCACCUUGUGAGAAAUGUGGCCCCUAACAAGGAAAUGCUGUGUGUCACCUUCCAGAUUCCCACUGCUACACUCUACGGGAACCGGGCCCUGAGUCUAGAGAAUUUCGAAGAGCCAUCUCUUAAACGGCAGAGGACAGAUGAUUCCUUCUCAGAACCACAAAUUACAUCAGAUUCUUAGCUUGAAAACUUUUCUACAUCUCCCCAGUAAAUUUUUUGUGAAGAAGUACAAUUUGUAUGAUUUUGUAAACUUUAAAUAUUAGGUAUUUGUUAUUGAACCCUUACGUUUUGUCCUUACAAAUGGAACAUUACCAAAGUAAAAUUUACCCAAAAUAAGCUGAACUUGUAUAAUAGCUUGUUCUGUUGUUGGAAUCUCAGCCAUGCACCACCACCAGAUAGAAUUGGUGUGGGCCAGUGCGACGGCUCAGAAGGUAAAGGAAGUUGCUGCCAAGCCUGGUGACCUGAGUUUGAUCCUUGGAACCCCCAUGUGAAAGGAGAGACUCCUGACCUCACGUAUGCAUCAAGACCCUUGUGCAUGCACACAUAUGCAAAAUAAAUGAACUCAUUAGUCUAAAUCAUAUAACGAUUUUAUAAUCCAAGAUACUUUUAUUAAAAAGAGUUUUUAAAGACUGAGUGACUAUAUUCUGCUUAACUAGGAAAACAUUUAACUACAUUGUAGUUAUUAGUGAAAAAACGUGAUUUAUGCAACUUCUCUACUACCAAUUAGCAGUAUAAAAAUAACACAAAAUUAAAGUAUUUAGAUGAGGAAUAGGAAAACCACAUCUUCCAGGUCACAUCUGGCAUAAUGGCCUAUGACAUAAGGAUUUCUUACAUUUUCACGAUUGAAAAAUAACAUUUUGUGACAUGGAACUUACAUGAAAUUUGAGUUUUGGGUUUUGGUGCAUGAAGUUUCAUUGGCACCUGCCCUCCCUGUUAGUUUUCAUACUGUCUCCAGCUGCUCACGGUAGACACCAGAGAAGAAUUGCAGCACAGACCUCGAGGUGACACUCGUGGCCAUACUGCAGCUUGGCAUGCUACAGAUCCUAGGGACAUGGUUAUGUCUCAACAGAUAGCAUUUUGAAUGGUCUGUACAUAACCAGGCUACACAUUGUUGUUUGAGACAAGAGUCUCAUAGCUCAGUCUGACCCAGAAUUCACUGUAUAGCCCAGGGUGGAUUUGAGCCCUCCUGCCUCAGCCUCCCACAUGCUAGGAUUACAGGUGAGUCACCAAGCCCAGCUUCACAAGUUUCCUUUUUUGUAAGUAGUGCAUACUCAUAUAUCAGGAGAAAUGGAUCUUGGGGGUAUUACGCUUUGAAGGUUCAGUGGGGUAUAAAUCAUUUUGAUAUCACUUAGAUAACAAGGCAUCUAUACCCUUGAUUGAAAGAGAGGGAGAAAGAGAGAAAGGAAGGAAGAAUGAAAAUGCAUUGUAUUACCACACCAAGUGCCUGUCUGUACUUUUAGAUAAUUCACAAAAAUUCAAAAACCUCAGCCAGACUAGCAAAUAAAACAAAAAUAAGGCUAUAACUUACUUUUAAGUCCCCAAAUGACUUGGAGCCAUUUAAAGC